CACUUCCAUUUCCUCCACCAACGUGUCUCCAGUCUUCGAAACUCACCGUCAACAGCAUGUCUGAUUCAGAAAGCUCAACCCACGCUGUUAGCCCCAAGGUCGGUACCGUUGCAAGACCGCCAGGUGCGCAGGUUCGGCGGAGGGCAGCAAACACGCAGGUAAAACCGAAUUCAACGCGUGCAGCAGGAGCUGGCGGCUCUUCGGGGACAAUGCUGAAACUUUACACUGACGACUCACCAGGGCUGCGAGUAGACCCAUAUGUCGUCCUCAUACUCUCGUUGGCGUUUAUUGGAUCCAUCUUCUUUUUGCAUAUUUCCGCCAAAAUAAUCCGGUCUUUCACCAAGUGAUAGCCUUGUAAUGGACACUUUUAUGCACUUUUGACUAUAUCCCGCAUUGCGGAACAUGUGCACUCAGCGCUUGCGUCGUAUGACAUGCUGUAAAACAAUUUAUCGCAGAGUGAGGCGCUGCGUACCCUCUCGUCGUCCAGUUGCCUGCACUGUCUGGGCGAAACUGUUGUUUUCCACUGUCUGCCAAUUAGUCCGACAUCCAGAGAACACAUUGCACGGUGAGGCGCUGUAUAUCCUCUCGUCAUUCAAUUGCCUGGUGGGAUAAUGUGGAUUGUCUUGGCGAGAUCCCACCGCUUUCCAAUGUCUGCUGCUUAGUUCUGCAUUCUGAAGAAGUUGCAGACCGGGAGACUUACCUCGGUCGAGUUGAGUGGGGCCAAUUCUUUCUUUCCAAAGACACCCCUCGAGUUCAUUGACAUCGUCCUUUUCAUAUCUUCACUCGCUAACAUGG